UUUGCUGGGAGUAUGUUUGGCGUUGUUGUCCGUAGCAACGCCCCUUGUCUGGGGUUACAGUUCCGGCUGUCCGUCUUCCGCAAGAGUGUGCUCUUCGAUGCUUCCGGGUCACGGAGCACCCGCCAAAACCACGCCUAUGCGGUACAGCCUUACUGUCGAUGGUGGAACAAGCAUCUACACCCCGGGACUUCCGGUUACUCUCACAUUGAGUGGCGGACCAUUUGUUGGCUUCGUGGUUAGAGCCUUGACCGGAACCGGAAAUGGUGUGUCAGGAAUGAAUAGCAUGAGUCCAAACGUCAUAACUAAAGACUGCGGACCUGUAAAGGACACCGUAACUCACUCCAGCGGCGCCGAAAAGACGACAGUGAUGUUCCAAUUUACGCCGCCAGUCGGAACGUCCGGCACCAUCGAGUUCCAUGUAACAGUUGUACAGGACUACGACAUCUACUGGGUGAAGCAGCGAGGACUCACACUAACUCCUACGGAAGCCGGAAGUGGUUCCAUAACCACGAAGCAGCCGCCUGUGUCAGUCCCCCAGACGACGGGUGUAAGCUCAACCACAAAGGUGCAGCCAGUUUCGCUCCCGCAGACGACGGUUGUAAGCCAAACCACGCAGCAGAAACCCGUUUCACUCCCCCAGACGACUGUUGUAAGCCCUACUGACAUCACGACACUAACACCCUCAACUUCCUCAUCCUCAACCUCCUCCUCAACCUCAGAGACGGGUACGAUACCCAAUGACCCCGCGUGUGGCAUCACCAAGGGUUGUUUCCAGCAAUGCACGGGAGACACCUGCUCCUACCUGGUCACAUGGCAGGACCUUGGAACAGGAGUGAGGUUCGAACUCUACGGCAAGCCGGGUACCGGAUCAUCAGAGGCAUACCUAGCGCUGGGCUUAUCAGCGGACAAAAGAAUGGGUGACGACAGUGUAACAGAGUGCGUGGCAAGCAACGGAGACAUUCGUGUGUUCAACUCCUACAACCGUGGAUAUGGCAACAACCGGCUCAACCCGCCUCAGCUCGGUUUGGCAAAUUUCCGGGGAGGCUAUCAGAACGGCGUUCUGUGGUGUGCGUUUACAAGACAGAAGAGCGGGAACGUCCAAUCGGAAAUGUUCGAUUUAAACCAGGACUGGUACUUGAUGCUGGCCAAGGGAUCGGCCGUCCCAGGUUACAUCCUGACCAUGCAUUCGACGGUCAACUUACCGCCGGUGUCGGCAUCCCAGGUAGAUUUCCAGUCGGCGACGGUGCAACAGGGCGUCCACAUUAAGUAUCCGCUGGUGAAGGCCCAUGGGAUCCUGAUGAUCAUUGCCUGGGUGUUGUGUGUAGGCGUAGGGAUACUGGCCGCCCGCUACUACAAGAAUGUCUGGGCCGACAAGACCUUCCUCGGGCUGAAAAUAUGGUUCCAGAUUCAUCGCGCCUGCAUGGUGUCUGCCUUUGUUUUGAACUCUAUCGCCUUCAUCAUCAUCUUUUCGUUUGUGAAAGGAUACAGCGAGAUUAAUAUUCAGGGAAAGCAAUACCUGGCCUCGCAUCCAGUUUUGGGAAUAAUUGUGACCGCUUUGUGUGUCAUUAACCCGCUGAUGUCGCUAGUUCGACCGGCCCCUGACCACAAAAACAGACCCAUAUUUAAUUGGGCGCAUUGGGGAGUCGGCAUGUGUGCAUAUAUUCUUUCAGCCAUUACGAUAUGUUUCGGCUUCCAACUUCCGAAGUCAUCCACGCCGACGUAUGCCGUCUACAUCAUGAUCGUCUACGUCAUUUACGUCAUUAUAUUUGACGUCAUAUUUGAGAUGACUGAAUGCUUCAGCAGACGACAAAAGAAAGUGGAGGCUGGUGGAAUGGAAAUGAGCAACAAGAAUGGAACCGACAAUGGAAAUGUACCCAACGGAAAAUCGUCUAGCAAGGAUCAAAUGCGAAAAAUGGACAAAAUCAAGACCUUCCUGCUAGUUCUACACAUCGCGGUUACGGGAGCGUUCGCCCUGGUGCUGGCGCUAGUGGUCGGACUCAACUGAUGUUCCUACGUAGAUACAUAGAGACGCGUUCUGGAAAAACUGGGCUUACUGCAUGUGCGUCAAGAGUCCCAUAUUAGCAUGUGUAGUACGCAUGUGGUAAUCAGGGACAACACUUUCCGUCUACACGUGAUUUUCGUUUAGAAGAUAUCUCGUUUAAGCGUAAAACUUCAUACAACGGACUACACAGGCAAAUCUGGGACUACACAUCACGCACAUUUCCUUGAACGACGCUCCUUAAAUUAACUGAAAUACGUGCUCAUGACAUAUUAAUACAAUUGAGCCGUGUUCUGUAAAAA